AUGAAGUUCCAGGCUGUUCUUGUCUUCUUCGCCGGCGCCUUGCUCUCGCCGCUCCUAUUGAAGAGAAGCGAGGCCUCCCCGUUGUUGGAACUGCUGGUAUCAGCACACUGCUUGCAAACCAUCAUAACCGAUAAGGUUGCACCAUCUACCGGCCUUCAGAAUCUACCAGCUGCAGGCCUUGUUCAGGGCCUACCCAUAGCUGGAGGCCUCCUUGGAGGCGGCGUGAACCGUAUCGUGAGUGGCUUCGCUGGAGAAGCCAUGGACCCCGAGGCUCCCCUUCUUGUUAUACCUUUUCUAGUGUCUAUGGUGAAUUGCUUGAACGUUGUGCAAUACGGAAACCACCAAUUCGAGGUUCAGGCUUUGGGUUUCCGUGAGUGGCUUUUCCGAUAA